AUUGGCCGGUAAAUUAAACAUUUUAAUCGCGUUUGCGUCGGCCAGCGCAUCAAAAAUAUGAAGCUCUACAAGCUGAAUACACACACUCGUGGCUGCAACAAGUCGUACGAUGCGGACCUCGUGAUGAACUUGAAGGACCACCCCAACGCAAAUGUAGGCGAUGUUGUGGAGAUUUAUGUCCCAGAUGACGAGAACGGCACGCAUCUGCUACUGCAGAUCACAGAGUUCAGCGGUAGCUGUGGCCGUGAUGUGAUAAGCAUCGAGUCGGGCAUUGCCGUUGCCUUUAAGUUGAGGCCCUACUCCAAUGUGGUGAUGCGGAUAGUGAAUCCAGCCGAUGUAGCCCUCGACUCCAUAGAGAUUACCUUCAAGGAUCAGUACAUGGGCCGCUCUGAGAUGUGGCGCCUGAAAACGUAUUUGACGGACACCUGUGUGUAUGUGAACAAGAAGAUUGACUACAACGACAUGCAGAUACGCUGCCAGGUGUACGAAAUGUGGUCCCAGGGCGAACGCGUGGCCAGCGGCGUCAUCACCGACGACACAAAGAUCGUCUUCCGCAGCAGCACUUCCAUGGUGUACCUCUUCCUGCAGAUGUCCUCGGAAAUGUGGGACUUUGACAUCCAUGGCGACUUGUAUUUUGAGAAGGCAGUUAAUGGGUUUCUCACCGAACUCUUCCAAAAGUGGAAAAAGCUGAGCUGCAACCAUGAGGUAACCAUCGUCCUGUUCUCGCGCACCUUCUAUGCAGCCAAGAGUUUGGAUGAGUUCCCAGAGCACAUGCGCGACUGCCUGCAGCUGGACUACAAGGGUCGCUUCUACGAGGAUUUCUAUCGCGUGGCGAUUCAGAACGAGCGCAACGACGACUGGUGCACGGUGUUGGGGCAGCUGCGGAAGCUUUUCACCUCCUACCAGGAGACAGUGCUGCGCUAUCAUGAGCGCCAGCACAUGAAGAUCCCCCCGGCCACAAACUCCACUGCCACGCAGGGCAAUUUCCUUGAGGUUCUCAACAUUUCGUUGAAUACAUUCGAGAAGCAUUACCUGGAUCGCACAUUCGAUCGCACCGGACAGCUCUCGGUGGUGAUUACACCCGGCGUGGGUGUCUUCUCGGUGGACAGGGAGCUGACAAACAUCACCAAGCAGCGCAUCAUCGACAACGGCGUGGGCAGCGAUCUGGUUUGCGUUGGCGAGCAGCCGCUGCAUGCAGUGCCGCUGUUAAAGUUCCACAACAAAGACACCACCCUGACAUCCGCCGAUGAUUACUCCUUGCCGCAUUGGAUCAAUCUGAGCUUCUAUUCCACAAACAAGAAGAUCGCGUACUCCAGUUUCAUACCCCGCAUCAAGCUGCCGCUUUUUGUGUCCGAUCAAGCGCUCAACGCGGACGAAGGAGAGGAGAAUGAGAGGAAUUUCCUCAGCUGCAAGCAGUCGGAGUACAAGCACAACUCUCUUUUCGACUAUGAUGCGUAUGAUGAGCAGAUCUUUCAGCCAUUGCCGGCACAGAGCACCUGCUCCCUUCAGCGCGUGGUAAGGGCCAAGAAAACAUCGGUACCUAGUCUGGAAACCUAUGCAUAUCGUAACAACGACUGGGAGAAUCUCACGCCCACACAGAUUCCGGCCAUGCGACGCAAAAUGUCUGAUCCGGAUAUACAUCAUGGCACCUCUGCCAUGCUGGCGGCACUGGUAUGUCGCUCAAAAGAUUUCCUCCCAAUAAAGUCCUCCAACUUGUACUCAACUCUCCCUCAGCCUGAUACCACAAAUCUCUCGGAAUCCCUGGCUUCGGAGAAGAACUCCCGUCGAACGAUUGUCAGCAUUGCGCCAAUUGUGCGUCCCGGACGUGCCCUGAUCAAUCCCUUUGAUCCCUCUCAAGUGACGAUCAAAUUGACAUCGAAUCGCCGCCGCUGGACGCACAUUUUCCCCAAGGGACCGACGGGUGUGCUCAUCCAGCAGCAUCAUUACCAAGCAGUGCCUGCAAAAAUCGUACCAGCGGGACAGCGUCCGCUGCAGCAGAUACCCAACAAUAGCCAGAGCAGCACCACCAAUAACAACGAGACGGAUACGGAGUAUUCCUGCGAUCCGGAAGAGCAGUACGACCAGCUAUCCACGCACUCCAUGCUAAGCAAAUCGGUGUCCUCGCACAGCUUUGUGAUGGGCGAUGAAAAGAUCGACUUUUUCAAGAGGCGACAGAACUCUCUGCUGAAUGCAUUGCCUGCAAAUGUCCCAAAUCUGACGGCAACGCAGGCCAAAUCGUAUCUCUGGGGAGCCACCGGCGAGCAGGAGUGGACGCCAGCAAUUACCACGGGCGUUGACUGGAAAUCGCUCACGAUCCCCGCCUGCCUGCCCAUAACCACGGACUACUUCCCCGACAAGCGGUCGCUGCACAACGACUAUGUGAUCUCCGACUACACGCUGCUGCCUGAUGAUGUGAACCACGAUUACGCCCAGAGCAGGGCCAUCUACCGCAAGCCGCUGUCCACCGAAGAGGUGUGCAAGGAGAUUGUGUCCCAGCGGCUGGCCCAAGGCUUCCAGUUGAUUGUCGGGGAGGAGAGGCCAUCGGUGUGUGGCUCUGGCGGGGCAUGCUCCGUCGGUGGGCCAACUGCCGCUUCGGCCACCUCUGCAGUGCUGCCGGUAAAGCCCAGUGAGAGCAACAAGGAGUACCUGCUGUCAAUCGGCAGGAUCUUCCACAAGAUCUCGCUAAGUGGCUCUGUCAUUACAGUGACGGGCUACAGACCCAGGCACCCCUAUCCUCCCAUCAAUGUGGACUAUCGGUAUCGAUUCCACGCACCACAGCACGAGACGUACGAGAUCUCUGGAGUGAACUUUACCACGGAGAAACUGGAGAACUUCAACUGGAACCACAUGGAUCUCUAUAUUUGCACGCGUGGCGAUGUGGACUAUCCACUAAUGGAGAGUCUGAAAUACUGGCGUUAUCGCAUGUACCUGCUGCCCCGUGAGAACAUUGUGAGCAAGAUUGCCAGCUGCCAGCGCUGUGAUAUCUUUCCCGAUGUCACCGUGGACAAUACCAGCGAGCAGGUUGACGACUUUGUGCGGCUAAUCGAGGCGGUCAGCAAGCUGAAGCGACAGUUUGUCCGCAAGGCUAGACAUAUUUCGCAUCACUUACUCUUACAGGACAGCCCCACCGCCCACAGUCUAACCAAGCGACGCCACAGUACGAGCAUUAUAUCCAGGCCACAGCCUAAUCAGGGACUCAUGAACUCUCCGUUCCGGGAGCGAGUCGGUAGCAAUCGAUUGCCGGAGAAGCGACCCAGCAUAAAUGCACGUCCAAAGCUCGACAAUGGCCGGAUAUCGCGUAUCUUUCCUGCCACGGAUGCAGCCGCUGCCGCUGGACUGGCCGCCAGAGAUGAUCAGGAUGAUGGCUUCCCCGUGGACAUCAAGUUCAGUCCGAAUGCCACACUCUUGGAGAUCUUUGAUGCCAUGAAGCAUCCUGUGAAUGGUGUUGGCUACUUCUCUCAAACUCAAUCGCUGCCCUCCUGCACUUUUCUGUCCUACGAUGCCUUGAUGUGGCUGAAGACACGCCUCAAUAAUGGAAGACACCCUUUGGAACUCUUGGAAGCCAUGCGCAAGGAACGCAUGAUCUGUCAUGCUUCUGGGGACUGGACCAAGCCUGUGGUGGCAGGAUUCGUGUUUUACUAUGUGGUGCAGCAGGAUAAGAAUGCCAAAGAUUAUGCCCCGCCAUUGAACGAUUACUGUGCCUUUGUAAAUGAAUGGCUGGAGAUCGAAUUCCAGGGCUGCAGUUUCCUGUGGCACGACGAGCCAGUGAUCACACCAGUCCCCAAUUUCCUAAGGGACUCGCCAGCACCGCAGUCCUGGACGGAUUAUUGCAGUAAUAAGCGCGUCUAUCGCCAGUCGCAUUUGGAGAUCGAUGUGAACCAGAAGAGCGAUCGCAUGGAGUGGGGACACGUGAAGCAUCACACUGUGCUGCAGCCGGGCUUUGCCUUCGAGAUUGUAGUCGAGUGGGUGACCUCGUCGGGUCCGAUUGUAUCCGAUUUGAUUGGUGGGUGGAUGCGUAAGGCAAAUCAGUUCAACUUUUUGGUUUCGGUGCCCGCGGAUCCUAUGGCCGAACCAUUCACUAAGAAGUCGGACCCAUUGAGGGGACCCAUAUUCAUUCCACUCUGUGUGACAUUCCUGCCCAACGGAGCGGCUCUUUUCGAUGAAUUCCCCGAGGAAAGCAGAUCCGAUCGCAUGCUGUUCCUUCAAGAAGCCAUCUUGGCCAAGUUUGGAUUUCUGCCCUGUGUGCUGGAGAAGAAGUAUAGCAUUGGCAAGGACCUGCCCAAGGAAUACCAGUAUGUUCACUGUACAGGCAACAUGUUUGCCUUGAUUCGUUGUGCCACCAACAACUACCAGGUGGAGUCGCCCACCCUUCAGGAGGCAAAUGUCACGCGUUGCGUCUAUGGCCACACGAACAACACGAAUGUGCCAAAAAAGGUGGGCUUCUUGUGGUCCUGGAACCAUAUGAUACCCAACAAAAAGUGGAAGGCCCAAACGAUCAGCAACUCGGCCGAUGGGGAGCUCUUUCAGCUGAAAAUGCUUAAGGACUUCCGCGAGUUCUGCUCGAACAGUGACCAGCGGUUGGUCACCUUUUGGUCGCACUGCCAGGAGCUGAAGCGCAAGAAUCAGACAUUGGAAUUCAACAACAACAACAACAACAAUAACAACGAUGAAAUGAAGAUUAAAUAGAAUCCUCCCUCGCGGUAUCCUGCAUGUACAAAAAGUUUAUCCUUAUUUAUAAAAGAAUGU